ACUAUUUCUUUCUAUUGUAAAAAGAUGUAUAUUUCCAUCUCACUUUUCGAAUUUGCACUGUGAUUUUGCUGGCUAGGGGGAUCGUAUUUUUUCCAUCAAUUUCUGUAUUUUUACAGUUUUUUAGCUGCAAAUCAUGCUUUCAAGAGCCGCAAUCCUUUCAGGUCAAAAUUCAAGAGCUCUUGUUGCUUUUGCAAGAGCAACAGCUACGUCACCGGCCAAUAAUGCUGCAGAAUCUACAAGCAGUUCUUCUUUGCCUAGACCUGUCAGACAAGAAGCUGGAAGAGUCCGUUAUGGUUUUAUUCCAGAAGAAUGGUUCGAAGCAUUCUAUAAGAAAACUGGUGUAACUGGACCUUAUGCAUUCGCCUUCACUUUCUCUACCUACCUAGUCAGCAAGGAAAUUUAUGUAUUGGAGCACGAGUACUACUCAGGUCUCUCUCUUUUGAUCAUGUGGACCUAUGGUAUUAAGGCACUUGGACCAAAGGUUGCUGCUUAUCUAGAUAAAGAAGUUGAUGACUAUGAAAAAGGCUGGAAUCAGGAGCGCGUAGAUGAGAAAGCUAACCUAGAGGAUCAAAUUAAAAAUGAGGAAAAAUUACAGUGGAGCAUUGAAGGUCAAAACCUUCUUAUUCAAGCCAAACGUGAAAAUGUGGCACUCCAGCUGGAAGCUGACUAUAGAGCAAGAUUAUUGUCGGCUUAUCAAGCUGUUAAAAGUCGUCUAGAUUAUCAAUUGGAAAAAACUAAUGCUGAGCGCAGGAUUGCACAGAAAAAUUUGGUAGAGUAUGUCAUAGCCAAGGUUAAGGCCUCUAUCACUGCAGACCAAGAAAAACAGAACAUUGACAGAUGUAUUGCUGAUUUGGCAUUACUAGCCAAAGCUUAAGGUACAGUUUUACAUAAUAUUUUACCAGGUUUUUAGGUGAAUUUAAUAAUUUGUUAAAAUAUUUAUAUUCUUUUUAUCCUCAGUUAUACAAAUUUACAUGAAAUAUUUCAAAUUAUUAAAACUAGGAAAAUCAUACUUCUUUCAAUGAAUAAAAUUUAUAUUUUAAGUUUAUUCUUACACAAUAUUAUUUGUUAGAUACAUGCUGUUGUGCAAAUAAAUAAUUACACGAAAUAAAAGUAUAUUUAUUAAUUA